GAUCUAAGGGGCUGCAUCCACAGUUGUGCCACCUGGUUUAAUCUUACUGCUUUCCACUGACUCCCCCGUCCAUGGCUCUUUUGCAACCGGCAGGCAGGUUGCGACGGUUUCUUAGCCCGCAAAGCCCCACUCAGAUCCAACACCACCGCUCUGAUUGCCGGGUCCAAGAGUGACAUCACCCUCGUCCAAUCGGUACCGGCACUCCCUCAGUUCCCAGCCUCGGCCUGUUGCCCCGAUCGGCUUGGUCCGCCCACAGCCCCUCUGGCAACUGUCAAGGCAGUGGGGAAGACGCUCUGGGCUGGAGAAGGCGGGCUGGACAAGCGUGCAGGCAGAGCACUCCCAGGUGCUUGCGGUUGAGGCGGGAAGUCUUCAGCUGACAGCCCAGCUGUGCGCAUCCCUCUGCCAGUAGUUGCUACCGCAUAGAGGUAAUCUCUUCAACAAUAAUUGAAGCAUUAAUUCCAUCACGCUGAUCAGUCGUAAGUCUGGGAAAAUUGGCUUGUUUUGGAGUCCAUUCUUUGAAGUUCAGACAUUCUUGUGAAUCUACAUUCGUGUGAAGAUGAAGUUGAGGGUUUCAACCAAUCAUAUUGUUGCAUUUUUUUCAUUUUUUUAUCUGGCAGGUCUGAAAUACUCAAUUGCUGUUGGAAGUAAUGUUCGUGAUAUGAUACAUGGAAUCACAGUUCACAUACGAGAUGAACUAAAAGGUUAUGGACCAAUUUUUGAAGAGCAGCCCAUUGAUACGGUAUAUCCAGAAGAGUCUCCAGAUGCAAAAGUGUCGAUGAACUGCAGAGCCAGAGGAAUCCCUACACCUACUUACAAGUGGCAACGUAACAACUGGGAUGUUGAUAUUAAACUGACAAAAGAACAUUAUAGUAUGGUAGGAGGUAACCUGGAAAUCAAUAAUCCUGAGAAGUCAAGGGAUGAAGGAACAUAUGUUUGCAUAGCAUACAAUAUACAUGGAACUAUUAGGAGCCGGGAAGCAACUUUAAACUUUGGAUAUUUAUAUCCUUUUCCUCCGGAAGAGAGACAUGCAGUAAAAGUACGAGAAGGUAUAGGUGCUGUUCUUCUCUGUGAUCCUCCACCUCAUUAUCCAGAUGAUCUAAGUUAUCGAUGGUUUCUGAAUGACUUCCCAGAAUUCAUUACUUUGGAUAAACGGCGAUAUGUGUCACAAACAAAUGGUAAUCUUUACAUUGCCAAAGUUGAACCUAGUGAUAAAGGCAACUAUUCAUGCUGUGUGACCAGUAAUUCAAUUACUAAGAGUGUAUUCAGCAGUUUCAUUCCACUUAUUCCUCAAGCAGAUCGAUCAAAAGGCUAUGUGCCAGAUAUCAGAGUGAAGUUCAAAGAUACAUAUGCACUUUUAGGACAAAAUGUGACGCUAGAAUGUUUUGCACUUGGAAACCCUGUUCCUGAGCUUAGAUGGAGUAAAUAUCUUGAACCAAUGCCAAGCAGUGCAGAUAUAAGCAUGUCUGGUGCAGUCCUAAAGAUCUUCAAUAUUCAGUUUGAAGAUGAAGGAAUAUAUGAAUGUGAAGCUGAAAAUUACAGAGGAAAAGAUAAACAUUCAGCAAAAGUGUAUGUUCAAGCAUAUCCAGAAUGGGUGGAACAUAUUAAUGAUACCGAAAGAGAUAUUGGCAGUGAAUUCUAUUGGCCAUGUAUAGCUGCAGGCAAGCCUAUUCCAACAAUUCGGUGGCUGAGAAAUGGAUUACCGUAUUGGAAAGGAGAAUUGAGAUUUUCUAGCCUGAAGCUUGAAGAUUCAGGCAUGUAUCAAUGUGUAGCAGAAAAUAUACAUGGAAUGAUUUAUUCAAAUGCUGAAUUAAAAGUUAUUGUUUUACCUCCAACCUUCGAAUUCUAUCCAAUGAAGAAAGAGGUUUUGGCUGCAAAAGGAGGGCAGGCUAUAAUUGAAUGCAAGCCUAGAGCAGCUCCUAAGCCAAAAAUUACCUGGAGUAGAGGGACAGAAAUUCUUAGAAACUCAACCAGGAUACAUAUAUGGUAUGAUGGCAGCCUAGAAAUUAUUAAUGUUACAGCAGCAGAUGGAGGCAAUUACACCUGCUUUGUGGAAAACAACAAAGGGAAAGCUAACAGUUCUUCUGCUCUUAUAGUCACAGCUGCAACAAGGAUUACAUUAGCACCAACUAAUGUUGAUGUCAUUAUUGGAUUGAAUGCUACCAUGCAAUGUCUUGCAUCCCAUGAUCCUUCUUUAGACCUGACUUUUAUUUGGCUCUUAAAUGGAUAUCCAGUAGAUGUUGAUAAAGAGAGUGAUUAUUAUGAAAGAUCUAUCAUGAUAAAAGACAAUGGUGAACUUAUUGUCAAGAAUGCUCAGUUGCGGCAUGCUGGAAGAUACACAUGUGUUGCUCAGACAAUUGUUGAUAAUGCUACAGCUUCAGCUGAUCUUGUUGUGAGAGGUCCCCCAGGACCCCCUGGAGGACUCAAAGUAGAAGACAUUAAAAAUACAUCUGUAUUUCUUACAUGGAGCCGUGGGAUAGAAAAUCAUAGUCCUAUAUCAAAUUACACUAUUCAGUCAAGGACUUUUCUGUCCGAAUAUUGGAAAGACAUGAAAACAGAUCCUUCCAUUGUUGAUGGAAAUGCGGAAUCAGCAAAAGUUAUUGAUUUAAUUCCAUGGAUGGAAUAUGAAUUUCGUAUAAUGGCCACUAAUAUUUUAGGGACAGGAGAUCCUAGUAUACCAUCACAGAAAAUUAGAACAGAAGGAUCUCCUCCAAAUGUGGCCCCUUCUGAGGUUGGAGGAGGAGGUGGAAGCAGUAGAGAACUGACAAUAACAUGGGUGCCUUUGCCAAAAGAGUAUCACUUUGGUAAUAAUUUUGGAUAUGUGGUAGCUUUCAAGUCCUUUGAUCAAAAUGAUUGGAAAAGUGUUACAGUUCCUCAACCUGAUAUUGGUCGGUAUGUUCAUAAGGAUGAAUCAAUGCUUCCUUCAUCAAAGUAUCAAGUAAAGGUGAAAGCAUUUAAUAACAAAGGGGAAGGACCUUUCAGUCUUACUGCUAUUAUCUAUUCAGCAGAAGAUGCUCCUACUGAAAGACCUAGAAAUGUGAAAAUAAAAGUUCUAUCAUCCACAGAAGUAUCUGUUUCCUGGGAACACAUUUUUAAUCCAGCUGUUACUGGCUAUGAGAUCAGUUACUGGUCCAGCGGUGAAAAAGAAAUAGCUGCAAAUAGAGUGCAAGUGAGCAGUCAGAAUUUUUCAGUAAUGUUAGAAAACCUGAAACCUUAUACAAAAUACUAUACAAAAGUAGCAGCUUUCAAUGCAGCUGGCAUUGGACCUUACAAUUAUCCUUUGGAUUUUGUUACAGAAAAAGCACCUCCAAGGCAGCAACCAAGAAUUAUUGAUGCUGUAAGGUCCGGUUCAAAGUACAUUAUCACAUGGGAGCAUGUUAAGUCACAGUCCAAUGAAUCUACUGUGAAAGGAUAUAAAGUGCUCUAUAGACCAGAUGGUCAAUUUAAUGGUACACUCUUUAAGACUGGUAACCAUUAUAUAGAAGUUCCUGCACCUGUUAAAGGUCAGUACAUUGUUGAAGUUCGGGUCCACAGUGAAGGGGGAGAUGGAGAAGUAGCUCUUGUAAAAAUUCCAGGAGCUGCUGCUGGAAUAUUCCCUAGCUGUCUUGGUUUAUUGUUGCCUGCUCUUGGUAUCCUUACCUUUUUGGAAUUUUGAAUGUACCUGAAUAUGUCCUCAAUUUAGUGCAAAGGACUGAACCUAAAAGGAAUUCAAUUCUUUUUUUAUUAUUUCUUGAGGCAUCGUCCUAAGUCAAAUAAAUUACACUUCCAAGUAAAUUAUCUUCCUGACUUAACUAUGGACUUCAAGAAUUGAGAGACCCAGAAAUUCCUUCAUCAAGCAACUCAAGUUUUGAAAGUUUUUAACAUGUUCAAUUAUGCCUUAUGAAACACUUGUGCUGAUCUGCAACAGUUGCAUGAUUCGGUCCAAUGAGCAAGUUAUAGUGUAGUGUUAAAUAAAAUAAUAUAAGCUGUACAGUAAAAAUAAAACCACCACACAUAGGUGCUUUAACUUUCAUAAUAAAUUGUAAAAACAUAAUAGAGAUUGAAAAAUUGAUUGUAUGUGGUAUACGUAGAAGCAACUACAUCUGUCCAUAGUUUUGUGUAAUCUCUGUUUUGUGUACUGAAUUUUUUUUAAUGGCCCCUGUCAUUUAUGACUUUUCAGGUUUUUAAAGAUACAGUCAAAGCAAAAGCAUUGCACUCAUUUUACAGCUUUUGUACAUGAAGUGAAUAAAUGAAUUGAAAACACUAGAAUGCAAGUUAAGGAGUAAAAGACUUUAUUUCUGGAUCUAUUAAUAAGUAUUAACAGCAAAGGAUUCCAGCACCUUCAUUAUAAAAUGAGAAUUUAACUCAACAUAUUGUUUUAAAUAAUGCAAUUCAGGUGGGGUUUAUCUCAAUCACAGAGUUUAUUUUGAUGUAAAUGAUCUUAUAAGGUAUAUAAACAAAUUUACUUUUAGUAUUUUAUUCUAUCUAAAUGUAAUUGCCACAUUUGAGUAAGUUGACUUCCAUCAAAAUGACAUAAUUUAGAUUUUAAUAUUACAGACACCUUGUUUUUUAUUAAUUCAUUAUAAAUAAAAUGGAAAUUUGAAAAGUAAUUACCUGAUUGCAUAAAUAUUGACACAAAUAUAGUAUUUAAAGUAGUAUUUAAAAAUCAAAACAAAUGAUGUAAUAAAAAAAUAAAUAUGCAAUAAAAAGAAGACAAAUUAGCAGUUAAAAUCUAUCUGAAUGGUUUUGUUUCUUCUGAGACACAUAUUGCCUUUCUUUAGGAAAAUGAUUUGCAUUUUCCAAUGAAUUAAUAUUGUUUUACUUUCUAGAGUUGUAAAUAAGAGUUGUAAAAUCCUAAUCCAAUUUUCCCUAUUUAAUGAUCCCAACAGAUAGAUUUAUUACAAUUCAAAAAUGGAGCUCAAUUAUUCUGUUUUCUUUAAAUGUGUUUUCAAAUGUGGGGUUCCCACAAAAGAUAAAGAAUGUCUUUGUUCUGACUGUUUCUAUGCUAUAUUCAAAAAUUUUAAAAAAGAAUACUUAUUUCUUUCAGAAACUAUGAUGUAUUGAGAAUUUGGUAUGAAUUAAAAGAAAAAAAACACUGCUCAAGUUAUACUGAAUCACUGGCUCAAGUAAUAGUGCAAAUGUCUGAUGCUUCCAGAAUUAUAAGCGUGGAGUCAUAUUUUAUUAGCAGAGUCUUGCUAGCUGCUUUAGAAAUAGAAUUUAACUUUUUAAAACUGAUAUUGUAGAUUCCCAUGAUACCAUCCAUGUGAACCAAAAACAGAUCUGUCAGUACUUUAUGCUUGUUCUUUAAUUUGUAUGACUUUGUAUUAUACAUUUACAUUUUAAAAGACAAAACUCUUCAUGCAAAAUAUCAAUAAUACUGUUUUACUUUUGUUACAGUUUGAAACUUUUUAAAUAGUGGGUCAAAGGAUAUUUUUUUUAACUGAAUGUUAGAAGAUUCAUAGAUGUUAUUUAUAAUUAUAUACUUAUUUGAAGAAACUAAAGUAUCUUCGUGCAAAAGAAACUAAUGCCUUUGGGAGUCUUCUAUAUGUUUUGAUUUGGUUCACUUUUAUGUAAUUUAACUCAUAUUUUAUAUAGCCUACAUUCACGAGUUUGUUUGUUUUUGCCAAAAUGCAUAUUUUUGCAUGGAUAACAUUUAAAAAGUCAAAGCACAUGUAUUUAAUUUAAGCUGUAAUACACCUGUGUGAGAUUUCAUCACUUAGAUUAAUGAACUAAUCCCAGGUUUUCAUUGUUCUAUACAGCUGUACAAAUUAAAUAUUCAGUUACCAACAGUUGUUGGCACAACUGAUUAUAUACUGUAUCAUCUGGUUUACAAUGCAAGGUUCUUAAUUAAAGUUUAUAUGGAUACAUUG